AGCUCUUGUUUGGCCGGCCUAUGAGAAAUAUCUGCAGAUAUCAAUAAGAAGAGAUUAAAAGGAAGAAAAUGAACUCUGAGCCUGUUGAAAACAGUGAAUGUGUCCAAAUGGCAUCAGGGUCUAUGUCCAAGCGUCACUCUGAAUGUUCUGAAGAAGAGCCUGUUAGAAAAAUUCCAAAAAUGACAGGUGAAGAAGCUGCAUUAUACAAUUCUAGCUGGUAUGAACGUGAAGAAAUUGCCAAAAUGAUUUCUGCUGAAGAUGCUAGUUCUGAUUUUCAAGAUGAUGAAGCCCUUGAGACGGCAUCACAAACAAAACUUCACGCUGCAGUUUCAUCUGAGAACCCAAGUGCUGUUCAUGCUGUUUUGCAGAGUGACCCAAACAUAAUUGACGUGACAGACUCACAUGGACAAACUGCAUUACACUAUGCCGCCAGGAAUGGACAUGAAGAAAUUGUCAAGAUGCUUCUUGUCAAAGGUGCCAGUACACAUCUUCAAGACAAAAAGGGGCAGACACUCCUUCACAUUAUUGCAAAUGCUCCUACUCUUGUUAAUUUUAAUAAUGGUUUUUAUAAUGAAGAUGAGGAUUAUGAAGAUAGAGAUCUAGAGCUCCAAGAAUAUGUAGAUGAAAAAUAUAUAAGAGUGAUGAAGGCUGUUUUGCAGAAUGACCCAAACAUAACUGACAUUACAGAUUCACUUGGAAAAACUGCAUUGCACUACGCCGCCAGGAAUGGAUAUGAAGAAAUUGUCAAGAUUCUUCUUGUCAAAGGUGCCAUUCCUCAUCUUCAGGAUAAAAGGGGUAUGACACCUCUUCACAGUAUUGUGAGUAAUACUUCAUGGGGUACAGGUUUAUAUGAAGAUGAAGUGUUCCAAGAGUAUUUGGAUGAAAGAUAUAUAAGAGUGAUGAAGGAGAUAGUUGCCGCAGGUGCUAAUGUACUUCUCCAAGAUAAAUGUGGUCAGACCCCCUUCAUAUUUCUCUACGUAAUGAAAAUAAGUUAGGAGCAGAAGUUCUUGUCGAUGCAAAUAGUGAAAAUAACCUCCAAGAUGUAAAGGAGAAGACUCUGUUGCAUCUUGCUGUUUUAGAAAAUGUUUUUUACUUUGAAAUAGUGAAGAAGCUGCUUGCUGCAGGGGUCAGUGCCCGUAUCCAAGAUAAUCGGGGCAAAACACCCCUCCUCAUUGCUUUGGGUUAUAGACACUACACUUCUUUAUCAAACCUCCUCGUGGAUGCAGAUUGUGAAAACAACCUUCCCGAUGCAUUUGGUCUGACUCCCUUGCACCUUGCAGCUAGAGCAGGACGUGUUCCAAUAGCAAGGAAGCUACUGUACUGCGGCGCACAUCCACAUACAAAGGCUGAGAUUGAAGACCCCUGGGACACUGAUGCCACUGGGUACCCACUGGGAAUUGCUCUGUAUCAUAGAAAGAGUGCUAUCACUGAACUGAUUCUUUUAGCGUGUGUCUUGAGAGGCAUUGUGAUUGAUUGGGAGGAGGAUCUUAAUUGGAAAGAUGGCCUUUGUUAUAUGGUGAACAAGUUUUCUACUGUAGAAUCCUAUCAGGAUUUGUGUGCAGAUUUUGACCUCGAGGUCCAGAAGAUGAAAGCUACAAAGAUACAUGGAACUACCGUCUCUUACUAUGACUUUGCGACGAAGCAUGAAAGAAAGUUGGCUCUCUUCCUCGAGAACAAAAACAUCGAAACAGUUUUACGUUCGAUUAACAUUGCUGAUCACUUGCCAAAUUAUGGGCAACUUAUCACUUUUAAAGUACAGAGGGCUAAAAGGAGAAAGACCCUGACUGCUCGUUGUCUGAAGUGCUUCUCCGUCUUGUCAAAAAGGUUGCCAUCUGUGCUGAAAAUAAACACUGACAACAUAUUAGAUUGUUUGAGUGAAAGAGAUAUGAAAAAUUUUGUCAAAGCUUUUAAGUUCAAGGCUUGAGAAUUUGAUUUUUGUCAAAUAAUGUUGCUCGGAGUAAGAACAUAAGCGUUAGAAACUUCUGUUGUGUUUGUUAAGUGCUUAUAUUGCUCAAAUAUGUAUGCAGUAUGAAAGUACAUAGCAUUUAUAUAUUCUCUUUACAUAUGUAUAAGUAUUUCAUAGCUCCCACUUUUAUGUUAAUGUUUUCUUUGUUCAAAAUAAAUGCCAUAAUCGUUUUAAAACACCAUUCCAAAAAUAACUGACUAAGGACACAUAUAAUUUACAAUUAGUAAUUACAGAUUAAAGAAUUACAAUAUAUAAGUUUUUGUUGAUAUAACUAUUGUACUGCAUAAAGUUCGUGAGUCAAAUAAAUU